GAGAGAAACUAAACUGGAAGCUUGAGUUUUGUGUUGCCUCUUGAAACCUUAUGAAUGGAUUACUAGCAGCUGGGAGCCAGGAGAGACCUAUAGGGGAUUCAAGAUCACUUACACACUAAAAGGGGGAGAAAAGCAGGCGGAAUCCUUUCUUGCUGUGUAUUCCCUCCUUCCUGAAAUGAAUGGAACUCACGAGGCUCCCAGGAGGUAAAUUCAAGGGUUCUCAGGCUCAUCUGGUCAAAAGAACAGCAGACAGGCAAGCCAGAGGAGAACUUUACAGAGACUUCCAACACACCAACAAGUUGGAAGGGGAUUCAGAAAACCUUCAACAAUCAACAAUCCCAAGCAUCCAGCUGAGGGAAAUAUUCUAACCUGCACGGGCACUUGGGGAGCUGGCUGGAGAGCUGACUGAGGACUCCAGGAGAGUGAAAGUUAAGUACAAGCUUGGAUGUUUGUGCCCCUAGAUUUUUUUGUGGUUGCAUUUUUAGAUAGUAAGUGUCCAAUUUGUAUGUCUCUGUAGAAAAGUUUUUCUAGCAAUUUGUUUUCAACUGAGCAUAUUUUUGGUUUAAGUGUGACAGAAAGAGAAGGAAUCUCCCAGGGAAGGAAGGAAAGAGAGAGAAAAGAGAAUUGGAGAGUAAGAUUUUUUUUUUUACUGACUUCAGGUAGCAAAGCAUCAUGUGCUUGCGAGAGUGUAUUUGAGAGAAUUUGGUGUGUAUCAUAAGCUUCCUUCAGUGAGGGGAGGGGUUACUGAAGAAGGAAGACAGAAGAAGAAACCUGAGGAAAUUCAAAGGAACUAAGAGCAAUUAACUCCAUUCUUCAAGGACUUAAACACCAAAAGGGAGCCAGUGAGGGCCGAGCAGGCACACAGUGGGCAGAGAAGGCACAAGGUGCUGGCAGAGCUUCCUGCACAGGUAUCCACAAGAGGCACUCUUUGGGGGCUCCUUGAAAAAGUUCAGUUUGUGAAGCAAGCAGUUUCCCUGGUGACUGCAAAUCCAUUAUAGCUGUCUCUCCCUCUUCUUAUCAUUCUGGUGUGGUACCCAGAACUUGAUUUCAGGCUCAGUGAGAAGACUUGAGGGAAGUAUGAUGUAUCUCAAGAUGGUGAGAAUAAGCCUGGUGAUCCUGGCUGGGUGGGUGUUCAGCACUGGCAGCUCUGAGCUGAGUUGGACAGCCAAGAAACCCUUGGCUCCGAGGGCUCGCCCGAAUCAGGUGCGGUUGGAAGGAGAACGUUGUUGGUUGGGGACCAAAUUUCAAAGACCCAGAGUUGCUCCCCAGCAUCACCCCUUUGGGGUCUAUCCCAGCAGACGUGGAAAUCACCUGAAGCCCUACCCAGCCAGAGAGCAGAAAACCCACCACGCAGAAAGCAGUAAACCAGACACCCAGGGACAGGCUGCCAGCCUUGCUCCCCAAGACCUGCCUGGAGUGAGGAGCGAGGCUGAGCAGCCUGCUGCCCUGUGGGUACAGGGAGGUCCUACUGGACACUCUGAGCUGCUGACAGAUGAUGGCACUUAUCUUGGCAAUGGAGGAUUCCAGGCGUCUCUAGGUGAAGUUGAGACAGGGGGAAGCUCAGCCACGGCUGCCUCGCUUACUGCCACCUUUGCACACCUGGAGGAGACCAGAGCAGAGACACAAAUGCAGGAACAGGCCAUGUCCCCACAGCCUCACCAAGUGACCAAGAGGCAGGUAAAGGAGGAACCAGAAGAACCCCAGAUCUCUCCUCCACAUUUCCAGCUUUGGCCUAAGCACCUCUUUAGGUAUGGGGUUCGAAACCAUCCCCUGAAAGAUAGCAUCAUCCAAGAUGGUGGCUGGAGCCUUGGCAGGGAAGCAGAGACCUCUAACCCCCAAGGAGGACUGCCUGCCUUGUACUUCUCGGGGAGGCGGGAGCGGCUGCUACUGCAACCAGAAGUACUGGCUGAGAUUCCCAGGGAGGCGUUCACAGUGGAAGUCUGGGUGAGGCCAGAAGGAGGCCAGAACAACCCCGCCGUCAUAGCAGGUGUCUUUGAUAACUGCUCCCACACCAUCAGUGACAAGGGCUGGGCGCUGGGGAUCAGCACAGGCAAAGAUAGGGGAAAGGGAGAUGCUCGCUUCUUCUUCUCCCUCCGAACCGACCGUGUGAAGAAAGCUACGCUUGUGACUGGGCACAGUCACUACCAGCCAGGCAUGUGGACACAUGUGGCAGCCACUUAUGACGGACAGCUCAUGGUCCUGUAUGUGGACGGUACCCAGGUGGCUACCAGUACAGACCAGUCUGGUCCUCUGAACAGCCUCUUCAUGGCAUCUUGUCGCUCUUUGCUCCUGGGUGGUGAUGGCACUGAGAAUGGGCAUUAUUUCCGUGGACAUCUGGGCACAUUGGUCAUUUGGUCAACCGCCCUCUCACAAAGCCAACUGCAUCCUUCAAGCCAAGCAGAGGACUUCACCACCCUCAUGCUGACAGCCAAUUUUGCUCUUCUGAAGGAACAAUGGAUCCCCUUCAAAGAUGAGAAAUAUCCUCAGCUUGAGGUUCUCAAGGCAUCAGAGCCCCAGCCCGAGAUUCUGUCACCUUUGCACCCCCCACCUUGUGGGCAAACAGCUUGUGACAAUGUGGAGCUGAUCUCCCAGUACAAUGAGCACUGGCCUCUUCGGGGAGAGAAAAUGAUCCGUUACCGGGUGGUAAACAUCUGUGAUGAUGAGGGUUUGCACCCCACGGUAACUGAGGAACAGAUCUGCAGGCAGCAUGAAGCGCUCAAGGAGGCCUUCAGUCGCUACAACAUCAGUUGGCAGCUGAGCGUUCACAAGGUCCACAACUCCACCCUGCGUCACCGGGUGGUCCUUGUGAACUGUGAGCCCAGUAAGAUUGGCAAUGACCACUGUGACCCCGAAUGUGAGCACCCUCUUACAGGCUAUGAUGGGGGGGACUGCCGCCUGCAGGGCCGCUGCUACUCCUGGAACCGAGGGGAUGAUGUGUGUCAACCUGAGUGCAACAACAUCCUGAAUGACUUUGAUGAAGGAGACUGCUGUGAGCCCAAUGUGACUGAUGUGCACAAGAACUGCUUUGACCCUGAAUCGUCCAGGAGGGUAUACAUGAGCAUGAAGGAGCUAAAGGAGACCCUGCAGCUCAACAGUACUCAUUUCCUCAACAUCUACUUCGCCAGCUCUGUGCGGGAAGACCUGGCAGGUGCAGCCACCUGGCCUUGGGACAAGGAAGCUGUCAGUCACCUUGGUGGUGUUGUCCUCAAUCCCACAUAUUAUGGCAUGCCUGGCCAUACCAACAUCAUGAUCCAUGAAAUAGGACAUGUCCUGGGACUCUACCAUGUCUUCAAAGGGGUUAGUGAAAGAGAAUCCUGUGAUGACCCCUGCAUGGAGACAGUACCAUCCAUGGAAACGGGGGAUCUCUGUGCCGACACCGCCCCCACUCCCAAGAGUAAGCUGUGCCGGGACCCAGACCCUGCCAACGACACCUGUGGCCUUGCUCACUUUCCAGGAACCCCAUUCAACAACUACAUGAGCUACACAGAUGAUGACUGUACUGACAGCUUCACCCCAAACCAAGUGGCCCGCAUGCACUGCUAUUUGGACCUUGUAUACCAGCAAUGGAGUCAAAGCAGAAAGCCCACCCCCAUUCCCAUCCCACCCAUGGUCAUUGGGCAGACCCAGAAGUCCCUCACAAUUCAUUGGCUGCCUCCUAUUAGUGGAAUUAUAUAUGACAGGACCCCAGGCAGCAUGUGUGGUGCCUGCACUGAAGAUGGGACAUUCCGUCAGUAUGUCUACAAAGCUUCCUCCCAGCGAGUGUGUGACGCUUCAGGUUACUGGACCCCAGAGGAGGCUGUUGGGCCUCCUGAUGUGGAUCAGCCUUGUGAGCCGAGCUUACAGGCCUGGAGUCCUGAGCUUCACCUGCACAACACGAACAUGACUGUGCCCUGCCCCACAGAUGGCUGUAGUCUGGAGCUGCUCUUCCAAUACCCCGUGCAAGCUGACACUCUUACCCUGUGGGUCACCUACCUCUCUGUGAAGUCCUCCAUGGCACUCUUAGACACAGAGAUCUUGUUGGAAAAUCAGGAGUCUGUGCACCUGGGCCCUUUACACACUUUCUGUGACACACCACUCACCGUCAAAUUACCCAUGGAAGGGAAAGUCUUGGGGGUGAAGGUCUACACAUUAGAUGAGAGGAUGGAGAUUGACGCAGCACUCCUGACUUCGCAGCCCCAUAGUCCCUUCUGCUCUGCCUGCAAGCCUGUGAGCUACCAGGUCCUCCGAGAACCCCCCUUUGCCAGUGGCUUACCGGUGGUGAUGACACAUCCUCACAGGACAUUCACAGACAUGGAGGUCACACCUGGGCAGAUGUAUGAAUACCAAGUCCAAGCUGAGGCUGGAGGAGAAGUGGGAGAAGCUUCACCUCCCCUGAACCACGUCCACGGAGCUCCUUACUGUGGUGAUGGGAAGGUCACAGGAAGCCUGGGAGAAGAGUGUGAUGGCGGAGAUCUGUUGAAUGGAGAUGGAUGUUCAAGGGCAUGUAAACUAGAGGAAGGCUUCAACUGUGUAGGGGAGCCAAGUCUUUGCUACAGGUAUGAAGGAGAUGGAAUCUGUGAGCCCUUUGAGAAGGAAACCAGCAUUGUAGACUGUGGCUUCCACACUCCUGAAGGGUAUUUGGAUCAGUGGGCAACCCAGGCUUACUCAUCUCAUGAAGACAAAAAGUGUCCUGUUGCCUUGGUAACCGGAGAACCUUAUUCCAUGAUUUGCACAUCAUACCAUCCAGAUUUACCCAAACAUCAGCCCCUAACUGGCUGGUUCCCUCAUGUCAGCAGAGGGAAAAGACCCCAGGAUGAAGACAGUGAGCAGCUGGAGGAUAGCCUGGAGAAGAAUGAUGAGAUAUGGCUUGAAGUGUGUUUCAAUAGGCCAGGACUUGCCACAGCAGUUUUCAUUUUCAUGGCAUCUGAUGGUCUGGCAUCUGGGGAACAUCAGCGGCCAACAGUGACCCUUUACCUGGGUGACGUCAAUGGAGGAAACCACUCUCUUGGAACCCAUGAACUGUCAUGCCAGCAUAAUCCACUGGUUAUUAAUGUGACCCAUCAUGCAAAUACCCUCUUCCACCAAACCACAUCUGUGCUGCUAAAUCUCUCAUCCCCAUUGGUGGGCAUCUCAGCGGUGGCUCUAAGGACAUUAGGGGGUGUCAGUCCUACAGCUCCCAGCAACUGCAUUUCAGAGCAAGAUCAUCAGGGACAGAGCUGUGUCCAUCGGCCUUGUGGGUACCAGCGCAGCUGUGCACCACCACUGUUUGAGAAUAUGGAAAAGGUGAACUGCACCUCUAAAAGCCCUGGUCACCUGGAAUGUGCCAUCACCUGUCAAAAGGGGUUUGUCCUACAGACCAACAGGGGGCAGUACCUCAAGCCUAUGCAGGAGAUUGUGCUCACAUGUUUCUCUGGGCACUGGGAUCGGAAUGUGAGCUGCGUUCUUCUUGACUGUGGUAUUCCAGACUCAUCCUUGGUGAACUUUGCAAACUUCUCCUGCCCUGAGGGCACCGAGUAUCUGAAACGCUGCUCCAUCUCCUGUAUCCCACCAGCCAAGCUCCAAGGACCAAAUCCAUGGCUAACCUGUCUUGAAGAUGGGCUCUGGUCUCUCCCUGAAGUCUACUGCAAAUUGGAAUGUGAUGCUCCCCCAGUGAUACCAAAUGCUGACUUACUCCUGCCUCACUGUCUCAAGAACAACCAGGACGUGGGUACCAUCUGCAAAUAUGAAUGCAAACCUGGCUACUACGUGUUGGAAAGUGCAGAAAGUCAAGCCAAGAAUAAGUUUCUGAAUAUACAAUGUCUGGAAAGUGGACUCUGGAAGCAAGGCAGUUGCAUCCCUGUGGUGUGCGAGCCUCCAUCACCCGUUUUUGAGGGCAUGUAUGAGUGUACCAAUGGGUUCAAUCUGGACAGCCAGUGUGUACUCAACUGUACCCAGGAAAGUGAACGGAUUCCUAUCAUCUGCAAUAAGGAUGGAAAGUGGGCUCAAGAGUUCAAGUUGUGUGAAAAUCUGCAAGGGGAAUGCCCCCCUCCACCCUCAGAGCUGAAUUUUGUGGAGUACAAGUGUGAAGAUGGAUAUGGGAUUGGUGCAGUGUGUUUUCCUUCCUGUGUAAUGCCCGCUAGAGAUCCUGUGACACUGCCUAGCAACAUCACUAUUGACACUUUGCAGCACUGGAUGGAACCGGUCACAGUUGAGAGCAUCGUGUGUACUGGCCAACGCCAAUGGUACCCAGACCCCUCCCUGGUCUACUGCAUCCAGUCAUGUGAGCCUUUCCAAGCAGAUGGAUGGUGUGACACUAUCAACAACCGGGCCUACUGCCACUAUGACGGGGGUGACUGCUGCUCUUCCACACUCUCCUCCAAGAAGGUCAUUCCAUUUGCUGCUAACUGUGAUCAGGAUGAAUGCACCUGCCGAGACCCCAAGGCAGAAGAAAAUCAGUAAUUGGGAGCAACCUCCUCCCUCCUCUACCCUGGAGGCCACCAGAGAGAGGAAACAAAGGGCAAAUGAAGAAAAGAGGCCAUGUAGUGGAGGAAGAUUAUAGGAUGGCUUGUUUAGAAAUAGAGGAGGAUGUGUAUAGGUGCCAACUAAUACAUUGAAUAGCCUGAAUAGUGAAGAAUUAUAAGCUAAACUUUCUUUAAGUGUCAAUGGGUUAAAAAUGGAAGGAGAAAUAUAAUAAACAACACCCUCCUCCCCUGACUAUAUUCUACUCAACCCUAUCCUCAACUUUUUCCCUACUCCCCAAUUGUACCCUGUCAAUUGCUCAGCCCCACCCAAUGUGUACACUCAUGUCAAAACAUCAGGAGAGAAGUUGAAAGGGACACUGUUAAUACUGGCUUCAAAUCAAUUAACAUCUUUUAGGGUCUGUCUACUCUAAACUGGCCCUUUCUCUUUCUUUUGUGUAGUCUCUUAAAUAAUGGUAGUUAUUAAUUCUUUAUGAGUAUUUAAACAUAAUUCUAUAAAUAUUCUAUUUUUUGCUCUUUACUAAGCUAAAAAGAUUAUCCAUUGUUCCACACAUGCUGCUGAGAAGUCCACGUCCAAAAUUAAUGCUGAGGCUUUGAGGACACAAACACCAAGUUUUCCUGCCAUCUUUUUAUAGAGAGAGACUGGCAGGCUGAAUGGGAAGUGGGAAGAGAGGAGAAUAAAUGGAAUUCAGGAUGCUAGCAUGUCAGCUGAUCAUCUUUUCAUAAGCAGAAAGCUAAACCCAUUUAAAAUGAUAUGCAGGCUGGAAAAAUAAUUCAGAGAGACAUGGAAAAUGGGGCAUGAGAACUCAUUAGUGAUGGGUCCAGGAGAUCUAGACAAUGAUUUAGAAGUAUCUAUUAUAAAAUCUCCAUAUGAAAUUUUCUCUAUUUCUCAGUAUGCUAAGCUGGAGUUGGUGAGGCAAUAUUUUCUCUACUUCUCUUUGGACCUCUUCAAAGUGUGGGUGUCAGUCAGGUAGUCGGCCAGUCAAAAAGUUUUUAUUAGGACUCAGUCUCUAAAUAC